AUGUUCAAGCGCUUGAAACUAAGAAAGCACAGUACCACCGUACGCCGUAACGUCACGCAACAUACUAAAGAUCAAAGUAUAAAGCAAAUACACUUAUUUAUUUCGUCUUUUAUUUUGGAGUUUAUUCAAAAACUGAUUUUGUAUGAUCGUAUAUCUACUGGAGACAUAGAAGCUGAAAUUGGGAGAAAUUUUGAGCAAUAUCAACAAUUCAUUUCCGAUUUCGCUAAACCGCUGACUUCUUUGCUUGGAUCAGAAAUUUCAGUUCCUAUAAAUUUAGGCUUAACAAUAACAACAUUUGCUGCCAGAAAAUUAAAAAAAAAACUUAAUAAAGAGAAGGCUAGUAAGAUCAUUUCUAUUCUUCCCCCUGACGACAGUUCAUCUACACUCUUUGUGGCUUUGCUGGCUUGUGAUAUUUGUAGAAUGUAUGAACACCAGAUACUGUCAGCAGCCCAGGAUACAGGUUGCCUAUACCUUAAUAUAAGAAAACUAGCGAAGGCGGCGGCAAAACGUGUUCUAAAUCACAUGGCUAAGUCAAACUCACUAAGUGAUAACUCCGUAAUUAGAAUAAUGGAUAAUAAAAGUAAUAGUUACAAUCAGUUAGUGGACUUGUACGGCAAUUGUGUAUCUGGAGUAUACUAUGGCUUUUCAAAGAAUUCGUCUGAAAAGUUGUUUGCUAAAAAUAGAGACCUAAAGAUCGCCUGUGGCGACUUGCUUACACAGCUAGGCCUUGUAUUUGGAGGAGUAGGCGAAAAAGGUAAAGGUUCAUAUGCUCCUAGCCAAAUUAAGUACAUUAAACAAUGGGGUUAUCGCAGACCCUCAAUUAUCUUCGAUUACCAUAUUUAUAAGGAUUUUGAGCUAAAAAUCACUGACGACGGUAAACUUCCUUCAGAUAAGACGUUCACUGAUAGGGGCUGGAUCGUAGUGCAAUUUGAUACCAGUGAUUGGAAGAAUUACAAAUACUUAAGCCCUUUGUCUUCAUUGCAUAAUUUUGAGUCUCUCAGAGAAUAUGCUAUAUCGGCUUUAAAGAAAACUCUUACGAAUGAAGAUGAACAAUUUACCGCUCAGAUUCUGUCAGAUCUGAAGAUCAAAGUACAAAGUUUACCGAAUAAGGAAGAUUUACAUAAAGAAAUAGAUGACGUCAUGAAGAUUUUAGAUCAAAUGAUUACAAAGGAAGGCGUUGAGAAAAUAGUAAAUAAAUUGCAAAAUGGAAUUUUUAGUGAGAUUGGUAAAGCAAUAGGGCUCUUAAAUAAAGCCAUAACCAAUAUAGAUAAACUCCAGUCUGAUUUUAGCGAAUUUAAAGAAACCUUUAGUUCAAAAAUAGGAACAGAAAUUCCUGAUAAAGGGGAUUUAUGUAACUUUCGUCACCAGGAAAACAAUUUCAAUUCCGAUUACGAUCUUAUAGGAAUUCCAGAUACGCCAGCAGAAAUGUAUAUUACAAGGAAAGAAUUUGUAGGAGAAAUCGUUUCCAAAAUAGUAGAAAUUCAAAAUAGCAGCAAAAGAAGUAUUCUGAUAUAUGGGAUAGGAGGUGGCGGAAAAACUGUUGCCGUAAGCCAAGCAGUUCAACAAGUAGCAAAAAUGCCUAAAUAUAAGUCACGCCUUUCCGCUUAUUGGAUAACUUUAGGUGAUAGUAGCGAUGAUGAACUUUUGACAAAGUUAAAACUUUUGGCAUAUUCUUUGGGAAUUUCUUUCGCAGAUUCUGACUGUAAUGAUUUAAACGUACUGGGAUGUCUCAUUAGGAAACAUAUUCGCGAAAAUAGCAGUGGACCAGAAAUUUUAUUCAUUUUCGACGAUCUAUGGGACGACAGCUACAUGUCAUACUUGGAUUUUUAUCGGAAAGCUAUCAUAAUAUCACGAAAUAAAACUAGAGCAAUGCUGAAAACAGAUCAAAUUGUCAUUGAAGCUAAUACAAAAUUAACUAAAAGCGAGGCAUUUGAAGUCUUUCGUUUGAAUCAACCAUCUCGACCAAUAGAGGAUUUCACGAAAAAUCGAUAUAUUUCAGAAAUUAUCGAGAGAUGUCAAGGCCUACCAUUAAUGAUAUCCUUAAUCGCAGCCCAAAAGUUAACUACCGAAGCAGAAUGGCUGGAAUAUCUCAUUGAUUUGCAAAAGAAUCUUCAAAUCAAGAAUGACGAUAGCUAUUUCUCUACGUUACACAAAAAUUUCAAUGCAAGUAUAGAAAAGUUACAACCGGAUGACCAAAAAUUAUUUAUUAUGCUUGGAAUUUUCAGAAAGUCGAAAAUAUCCGUAAAUUUGAUUGGCAGUCUCUGGAAGCUACCUUUGAGUACUGUCAGAAUGAAAUUGCAACAAUUUCAUUGUAGAUCUUUGCUGACGUCCAGGAAUUACAAAGAAGAUCCGGAAUACCGAACGGAUCAUGCCAUCUUGCACGACUUAAUGGUUGAUCACUUAAAGAAUCUCUUAGAUAAUGAAUGGGAGAAACAUGGACUACAUGAAGAUUUUGUAUUGCAAACGUACAUAAAACAUGCCAACAACUGGGAUAUUUUUAAAGGUGAUCAGUACUUUUGGAACUUCAUCACAGACCAUGCUAUUGCAAGUGGAAACCAAGAUAUCAUUAAGAAGAUUGCAACUGACGUUCGAUUUCUCGAUCAAAAACUGAAAUACGGUAUUCCUACCAAAAGGCUCUCUGAUGAUGCAAAUAAGUUCAGCAAAUAUUUUGAUGAUAAAGAUCAAGAAAUGAACCAUCUGUCUCAAAUCUUGCUGCUACAUAGUUGUUUUUUGUUAAAAAAUAAUAGCGAUUUCACUCAAUUCGUACUGAAUUUCUCAAAUUCGGAUUAUGCGCUAUACGAAAAUGCAAUUAUAGAGGCACGGGAACGCAGAAAAUAUGGUCAUAGUUUUCAUGUCAUACCUUGGGUAACGGAAAUGAAGGUAUUAGACGAUUGGCAAGCAUCAAUAAGUGUUGGCACCAGCUUCAGUGAUGUUCAUCGUAGAUUUGCAUGCACUUGUUUGGAAAACUUAGAUGUAAUUUGUACUUUCAAUAAUGGCCAUGAUGUCUCCACCAUAAGUGUAAGGAAUUACAUAUCAUCAAUGACUCAAAUUAAUAUCCGCGUCGAAAAAAGACAUAUUACGAAUGCAAUACUUUCUGCAACUGGUAAAUUAAUGGCAUAUCGUUAUGUAAAUGCAUCGCGAAAUCAAACAGAUAUUAGUGAAUUCUGGGAAGUAUGGGAUUUGAAUGAAGGGAAAAAGAUGAAUAUCCGAAACCAACGAGGAGAAUUCGUAUCGGAGCUGGAUUCUGAAUGCAUGAGCUUUUCUAGUAUGGAUGAGUCUAUUGUAAUUACCUUAACAUCAAAUAAGAAAAAGUUUAAAUGUUGGAAAGUUCAAGAAAUGACACUGAGACAAGUAUGUGAAUCUAGGGAGCAAAAUUUUCAGACUGAAGGAUUUGAUUUUGUUGAAAAUGGAUCAAACAUAUUAUCUUGGCAUAAGAACUUUAAUCACGGAGACAGUGAUCUGCAAGAGUGUGAAAUUAUGAUAUGGGAUGUCAAAUCUCUAAGGGAACGAUGGAUAAUGAGAGUCCCGUAUUCAAUUUCAAAUAUGAUAGAUGAUACCUUUGUUCAGAUACAAAUCUCAUGCUUAAAAGGUGUAAAAUAUUUUAUUGAAGAUUUGUUACUUUUGAAUUAUAACUAUGCGCUCGGCAUGAUACCAAGUAAAGAAAUUGAAAUCGGAAAAGCAAAUAUUGCGGAAUCCUUUUGUAGCUCUUUCUUCUUUAUUCAUCAAAAUGAAUAUAUCAUCGAUUUUGCAAUUUCAAAUAAUAGUCCAUAUAUUGCUAUUUUGACAGACGCACUAUCGUUUUGCAAAAUUCUUAUUCUUCGCUACGAAAAUAAGCAAGUAUUCACAUCUACCAUGAUAAAAUGCUUAAAGAAUAGUGUUUCAAUAACAUUCAUGCCAGGAAUGCUAGACCUUUGGGUAUAUAAUUCCAGUAAUCUGGCCAUAUAUCAAUAUGGAGUUCAGAACUAUAAUUCUCAAGAUCCUAUAGAUGAUACCGUUAUCGUAGCUUCAGAGUCAACCUGUAUAGGAGGAAUGCCAAUAGUUGCAAGAAUAGGAUUGAAAGAUCAAGGCACAGUUUUCUUAGAGGUAAACAGGGGCCUUGAAUCUGAAAAGCUGUCAUGCUGUAACAUUUCUCCCAAUGCUAAAAUGGCACCUUCUAAAUCUAUGUACAAAAUAUUUCUAAUAGAAGAUCUCAAGAGUCUGAUUAUUGUGGAGAUUUCUUAUUGUAAUAAGAACUGCCAUCUUUAUAAAGACAGUCUGAAUCAUAGUCAUAUCGUUACAAUGAGAAAAGACUUUGACAAUAUUAAUGAAAACGUCUGGAUAAACUAUGAAGUCCUAAAUGUUAAUAGAGAAAAAUUUAAAUGCAAAUUUGAAUACAGAAGAUGUGAUAACAUCCUCAUAUGCAUUCUCUGGUUAUCAGAAACGGUACUAAAAUUUAAUGUGCUUGCUUACGAAACUGGAGAUAUAUUAGCCACACUCGAGGAUGAUUCUUAUUACUCUACGUUCGUCUAUCAUGAUGAAUUUAGUUUUGUAAUAUAUUGCCGAACAUCAAGUAAAAUGCACUAUAUCAAGGUCUAUGAAUUUGAAUCAGACAAAAUUAUGGUUAAACAAACCAAUUUAACGACAUGUAACAAAGCGACUACGUACCUUUGUUAUCUGUCAGUAACAUCUCAUUGCGUUAGUCCCUCUAACUUCAUCGAUAUUGAUGAUUCAGAACACCUGAAAAAUUAUUUUGAACAAAAAUAUAUUGGAUGGUUACGAAGUCUACCGAAAUCAGUUUAUUUUUAUGUGCGCAUAAAGGAGGACUUCGUGGUUUAUGACAGCCAGCAAUCAGUUCGAAGUAUAGGAUAUAGAGAAUGCAGCAUAAAUAUUCCCUUGGAUGCAAGAUAUGCAAAAACUUUGACCAAGAAUUUUGUAAUUUAUCUGUAUGGUGGUAAAAUUUAUAUACAUCGCAAGGAGAAAAUGCAACUUGUACAGAAUGAAAAAUUUAAUCAUCCGUACGCCAAAGUAAACUUUUCAUCUCUUUUGUAA